CAUUAUAAUGUAUUUACACUUACAAUAUCCUCCGGGCAGUUAUUCCUGAGCGUUCCGAUAAUCAACAUGCGGUUACUGUGGCUUUGUUUGUUAUUGCAAUCGGUGGUUUAUUCUGAAGCAAGUUUUGGGACAUCUUAUUUGGGAAAUUCACGUCUCUGUCAUAAUUGGAGCUGUGUGAAUUCAAAACUUGGACUACCAAACUCCUUGCCUUCCCGUGAGCAGUAUACCCAGGUUUUUAAGUCUUUGCUGCCUCCAGGGGCAUGGCAUGACGUAGUUGGAAGGGUCCUGGAGACAUGCUAUGAACAUCGGCAAAGGAAUUAUGUUAGCACAUGUCCAGGCCAAGCAUUGUUACAUUGCACUGUGGACAAUUUGAUUGAGAACUGUCCAGAAGAAAGUACGAGGAAGGAUGACGGUUGUUACCCAGUAUCAUCUUUGGCUGGGACUAAAUAUAUGUUUACACAAAGUCGAUAUGAGAAUCUUGAGAAGAAUCUACCAACCGAACGCCGACCUGCUUGGUUUAUGAGAAAUUAUUUCAACGCAAAAUGCUGCAACUUGCCCCAACUGAUCAACUCGACAGUUCUAAAGGAAUGUGGAUUCAAUCACUUUAUCAAUUAUUACGAUCAUAAGCCAAGAACUGAACUUGUUGGGCCCCAACCGCAUUAUAUGAAGCACGCAACUACGCAAAAAGCAAUCAAACACAACUCUAGAAUCUUUGAUUUUAAUAGCAUUCCCGUAACCGAAAAGCGACCUGUAGAUGAUGGAGACCAGUUGCGAAUUGUAUCUCUUUAUUCUGAGGAAAACAAUAACGAUGCAUUAUCAUGCUGCGACAUUUCCGACUUCAUCGACCCGGCCUGGCAAUCCGAGUGCGGUUUCAACCUCAACUGGGACAAGCGCUCCCGUCUGAAUGUUGCCGAGAACUUGGCCGCGACCUCUACCGUGCCUCCGGCUACCCCCGCUCCGGUGAACAAGGAUGUGAGGGUCGUGCCAUUGUCUUGCGAAAAAGAAACAUGCGUGUUCCGAAAGCUGAACAUUGUCUCAGAAUCAGGUUCCGUAGACAUGGAUGCUUUCUCGAAGCUGUUGGACAAUUUCACGGGGCUGCACCCUGCCUGGGCCAAAGCUAAGGCCAGGGUCAUCACCAUGUGUAUUAGCAGGCCUAACCAUGGGUACCAGGGUAAUUGUGAGAUCAAUAAGCUGUUGGCUUGCACGCUUGAUGUGCUUUCGGAGAAUUGCCCGUAUGGAAGUAAAAAUGACUCGUGCAGACACUCCAGACGUAAUAAUACCAUCUGCCAGAUUAGUACCUCAAGAUACAGGCCUAAAAACCGCCGAGCCAUCUGCGGCCUUCCCAACUUAGUGAACAGCGAAGUGCUGUCAGAGUGUGGCGUCACGUCCAUCAGUCGCUCCGAGUACGUUCCGGAGAAAAAACCCAAGCUAGUUCAGGGGUGGAGGACUUCCAAAUAUGCGUGCAAAGACUCCACACCGCCUACCACUUGCAUAAUGACGAAGAUGGGAGUCCUCAACACGUACGGUUUCAUGGACUACUUCAAGAUGAAGGACCGCAUCCGAUCCUUCACCAGCAAGCACCAGGAAUGGUCCGCGUUCUUGGACGUUUACAUAAACGCGUUCAGUGGGAUGCCUUUGUAUAGAGAGCAUUGUAACUCGCCGAAGAAACUGCUUAAUGUACUCGAUGCUAUGCUGAUGACAUGUCCAGUCACAAAACGGAGUAAGUCACCGCAAUGCACUCAACUUCUCAUUGACAUGACCAACACAGCGCCGGUCAACGACAAUCAGAACGUGACCAAAGAGAAACUGAACUCUAUUCUCCAGCACUUCAAUCAUAUGUUCCUACCCUCGUCUCAAUUAGCAAAAAAAACUGUUUACAAACGAACGAAUCCUUUAUACGAUUUUGGUAUGCUAAAUUCUACUAACAUCCCCCCAGUUGAAGUAAUAGACCUAAAAACGACUAAAAAAAUUCCAGUAAUAUUACCAGUGUAUAUGAGAACAAGGAAUGAUUUGCUACGUGGCAACACUGUGUCGUCCGGUCUGUACGAAAAUGGCGUCUUUCAAACGUCAUCAUAUUUACUGCACGGUAAAAUACCAGUUACAAAGCCCACUCUGCCCACUGUGCCAAUGUUCCCAAAUAUGCCUUAGAUUGCUGUGGAUUGUAGGAUUUUAUCAAUAUUGACAGUCUAUAGUCUGGUCUGCGAGCACGUAGAAUUUUGUCCAAUGACCCCAAGCUACCCAUCCUUAUCGCUCGCAAGUAAUUAUAUUGCUGUCGCGACUGUGCGACAGGCGCCCGCAGUGAGUGUGCGAGCGCGACAGCAACAUAAUUACGCGCGAGCGAUAAGGAUGGGUAGCUUGGGGUCAUUGGACAAAAUUCUACGUGCUCACAGACCGGGAUUUAGUUGAGAAGUAUUCUACACGUAGCACUUGUAUUUCGAUCGAAUUUUAAAUGAAAUACCAAAUUGGCGUCAUCUAGUGGUCAAAAUGCACAACAGGAAUCUGCACAUAAUAUUUGUUUAAGUACUCUUUUUAGGGCAUUUGAAACUCUGAUGUUAGAUUAUGUAAGAUUUAAUUUUGUUAUUUGAAGUUAUAGAACUUCAGUGUGAAUUGUGAUUAUAGUCAUUUAUGUACAAAAUAAUCGUAUAAUUUAAGUAUACCUUUACUUAAACUACCCACUUAUGCACACUAAGGCCCAGAACAGACGGUGAAACGCAACUGCAACGAAACUGCAACUGCUAGUUACUUUUGAGUUGCAUCUUUUUUGCCAUAGCGUCCGUUGAGAGACCACACAUGACGCGACCAGUUUGAAACUUUCAGUUUCAUUCAUCAGAAUCAUCACAAAGUUGCAGUUUCGUUGCAGUUGCGUUUCACCGUCUGUUUUGGGCUUAAAGCUUAUAGCAGUAGGGUUGGUUAAAUCAAAAAUCUUAUAAAGCAAUAUGAAAUUUUUAUUCAGAUAAUUAAAAGUAAUUAUGUAUGUACUGUCACAGUAACUAUUGUACUUAAAAUACUCCUUAACUGUCUACAAUACGGUGAUUUCAGCAUUUUCAAUGUCACCAAUUUAAAUGUCAGUCUUUAUAAAAAUCCAAAACGUUACACCAGUUUAUUUUUUUAAUACAGUUAUAGCUCAAACAAGGUGAAAUUAUUAACCUAUACAAAGUACUCUAUCUGUAUUUAAAUACAGUAUUUUGGAAAAAAAUAUAGGACACACUAAACAAA